ACAACAACAAUUAAUUACCCCGCAAUCAAAUCGAUCCCCGAAGCUGGUACCAGUCGAAUUAGUUGGGAUCACGUAGUGCCAUUUUCCCCCGCGUCCAUUUGGUCUUCUUCUCUCACCUUGACCAGGGUGUUUGCAGCUUGUCAAUUAUCAUGUCCCAAAUCUGUCAUUGACGGAACAUCCAAUAGCAAAUCAAAUUAAAACAAAUCAGUUUCCCUUGUUCAAGGAAAUAAGAGAAAAUCCAUGGAGCACGUAAUCCACCUAGGUCAUUUCGUCCAUGGCAACGGUUUCUUGUUUUCCCCCCCUUUCAAAUGCUAAGCAAGGAUUUGGAAAUUUUCGAUCUCUGUCCCAUUUUGAUAUAAAUUCAAGGGGUUUGGAACCAACUACCCAAGCAGGAAACUGGUAGUGGCAUUUAUGACUUGUGCAUCCAUGUUGGUAUAACACAGAGGACUGCUACUGUUCUCCGACUUAACAAGCUUGCUCUUCCGAGCUGGGCAAAGGGAAGAUGGCGGAGUCUGGAGAAAUGGGGCUGGCUCUAACCCCUACUUGGGCUGUUGCCACUGUAGUCACUGUAAUGGUUGCUUUCGGUUUCUUCUCUCAAGGCCUCCUCAAGCUCUCUGGACAGUUUCUGCACAAAACCAAGAGGAAGGCUCUGUUGUCAGCUCUAUACAAGAUCAAAGACGAGCUGAUGCUUUUCGGGCUAAUUUCGUUGCUCAUGGGUCAUUGGCUCUCUCUCGUGGCUAAGAUUUGCGUGAAAUCUUCGUAUUUGAACAGCCGCUUCUACUUCUGUGACCCAAACAGAUCAGCUUCAACAUUUCAGCCCACGGUUGCUUCAGUUUCACACUAUUAUUUCAACAAUACAGUUGCUAGGGAUGAGAUGGAUUCCAGUUACAAUAAAGGAAACUGUCCACCAGGCCAUGAAUCGUUCGCUUCACAUGACAGUCUCGAGCAGCUUCACCGCUUGAUGUUUGUUCUUCCUGUGACCCACGUUUCCUACAGCUUCGCAGCAAUUGCCCUAGCGAUGAUUAAGAUUUACAGCUGGAGAAGUUGGGAAAACCGGGCAAAAACCUUGGCGCUCCAGAGUUUUGAUGAUUCAUUUGAAGCUUCUUCUCACAAAAGGAAAAUGGGAAGAAUAUCUACCUUCAUUCUUCACCAUGCAUCCCAUCCAUGGAGUCAGCACAAAGCCCUUGUUUGGCUGCUUUGUUUCAGUCGCCAAUUCUGGACUUCCAUAACCAAUGCUGAUUACAUGGCUCUUCGUCUAGGGUUCAUCACGACACACCAACUACCUUUGGUGUAUGAUUUCCAUAACUACAUGCUGAGAAACAUGGAAGAAGAGUUCUCUGAAAUUGUUGGCAUUAGUCUACCUCUUUGGUUGUAUGCCAUAUUCUGCAUCUUCCUGGACUUCCACGGAACGCAAAUAUACUUUUGGCUCUCCUUUCUUCCAGUCAUUCUAGUACUGCUGAUUGGCACGAAGCUUCAUCGAAUAGUGGUGGCAUUGGCUGUUGAAAUUAGAGAUGCGUGCCAGAGCUCAGGGCAUCACAAGUUCAACCUAAGAGAUGAGCUGUUUUGGUUUGGGAAGCCUAAAUUGCUUCUUAGGUUGAUACAGUUGGUCUCAUUCCAGAAUGCAUUGGAGAUGGCAACAUUCUUGUGGUACUUGUGGGAAGUUAAAGGCACUUCAUGUUUCAUGUCAAGUAAGAGCUUCGUCAUCAUCCGUCUAGUAGCCGGGGUGGUCUCACAAAUCUGGUGCAGCUUCAUCACAUUCCCACUAUACAUAAUAGUCACUCAGAUGGGUGGAAGGUUCAAAAGGACAGUGGUUUCAGAGAAUGUGUGGAGAUCACUCCACGGAUGGCAAAGAAGGGUAAAAGCAAGGAGGAGUCCCUUCAGUCAAUUCGAGAGUGAGACUGCCACAAUCAAAACCUCCAGUUCCAGAGGAAGCAGCGGCAGGAGACUGCAGAAGAAAUCUUUUGGAUCAAGCAAGCGAACAGAAAAGGCCAACAGCAAGAGGCACGGCGGCGGCAGCAGGAGAUUGGAGGAACAUCAGUUAGCACUAGCAGAAGCGUCACUGUGGCAUAACCAGCUGGAUGAUGCAUUGAGUUCACCGGCUCAAACGAAUGCUAGUGGAGCUUCGCCUGAUAACGAUCAUGAGAUCGUUGAGCUUCGGGUAGUUGUGGGCUCUCACUCUCAGCGUCCAUCUGGCAGGCAGAGUGAAGAUAACUUCUACAGUUACGAGUCUGAUGAUGAUCAUGAUUUUUACUAUGAUGAUGAUGAUCCUCAGCUUGAGAAUCAUGGUUACGAAACUGAUGUAACUGUUCCUUCCUAUGGUAGUUAUAGUGAUUAUGAUGUUGAAGGUCAUGACGAAGAUCAUCAUCAUCACCCGCCAUACUAACUCCAAAGGUUUCAUCUGGAUAUAUAUGAUGUAAGAUUCAAUUUUGUCUCUCUUAUCUCGAAACAAAUAAGUGACAUAGCUCCCCAACCGUCGUCCUAGCUACUACUUACGAGUAGAAAGAUGAAAACUUUACUCCUUGAAGCACAGCUCCGAAACAUGAAUCGGACAGUGCGAUCAAUAGAUUCCUCAUUUUAAAAGCAUACGCUGCAUCUGGUAUGAAUUGCUGUUAGGAAAUCAGAAUACGGUAGAAACUGUUGUGUCUUAUUAUUAAAAUCACAUAGGGUUUAUAUAGAGUACGAAGGAUGUCUAUAAUAAUCCUAACACAUAUACGAAAAUUACUUAAUUUAUACGACUCUGCCCAAUUACAUACCAGUACUCGUAGUAUAACAUAAUACUACUCGUACUACACAUAUUCUAAUACCCUCCCCAAAUUGAUUGUAAUUGUAACAUCCUGAACCGUUUCCCGGCGAAGAUAUUGUCCGCUUUGGGCCUCGACCCUCACGGUUUUCGAUUUGGGGUGCAAUUCAAGGUGACUUUCCAUAAGGUCACCAAUCCUUGUUGUACUCCACACUGAGCAUGUUUAACUUCGGAGAACUCCUCCAUUUCACCCCAAAAUGCGUCUUGUCAGUUAAGGCCGGUUUUUUAGUUAUAAACCAUGGAUCUCUCUCGUGCUUUGUCGAUGUGGGAUUCGCCUAAGGUGUUACAGUAAUUACUUACCAACAAUUUGAAAACCGAAACAAAACCGACACAAAUUACUACGAACAAAUUAAUAUGACAAAAAAAAACAAUGAAAACAUAGCUGCUCCGCCAAAUAUGUCGAUGAAGACCAUGUCCAAUGCCUCGUGAAACGUCGAUGGUGAUAAGCUGGAGAUAACAAAAGUUCUUGCCAAAGUUGUUUAGUCCGUCGAACCAAGUGUCCAACAAAAUAACUGAUCACUCGCCACAAGUUCGCACAGAAGGAAGCGGAAAAACCAAGUGACGAUCAAGAAGGAAGAUACUCCACAAGAAAGAGCAGUGACCUGGAAAUUUUGUUGUCACAGAAACGGAACCACGUGCUCCGAAUAGCAACUUGGCAAUCAAGAUGCUCUGAAUAGCAUCAUCAAAACAGAAACAAAACUACAUGCUCCGAAUAGCAACAUGGCGAUCAGGAUGCUCUAAAUAGCAUCAUCGAAACAUAAAACAAACAAAAAAUGCUCGGAACAGCAUUUAUCAACCCCCUUUUGAGUUGUGUGACUUAGGGUCGUUCUCAUUUUAGGAGCUUUUGCUACUUGAGCUUAAUUGAGAUUGAUAGAGCGUCCCUUAGUUUUCUUUGUGUCUAAACCGUUGUGAGUCAUCCUUGUGUCUUGGAGCUCCCAUUACUUGAGUUCCAUUGAGGUUCUACAUUAGUGAUUUUUGCAUGGUUUCCUGCUAAGAAUGAAAAGUUAGUGUUGGAGGAAGUUUUUAAUAGUCAUUGUUCGAUACAUCCAAAAUGUGGCAUGUGUUUAUCUCCCUAGUACCCCCUCGGAUAAAAAAGAAAAAGGAAAGGAAGAAAAAUAAGUAAAAAAGAGGUAAAAGAAGGGGUAAAUAAAAAAUAGUGAGUUGCCACAAAGUUGAUGUGUAUUCUCAAGAAAUGUGUUUCUUAGCA